AGUGGACCUCGGUGCCGCAGGCAUGGAUGCCUGGGUCCGCUUCAGCGCCCAGAGCCAGGCCCGGGAGCGCCUGUGCAGGGCUGCCCAGUAUGCCUGCUCUCUCCUUGGUCACGCGCUGCAGAAACAUGGGGCAAGUCCUGAACUUCAGAAGCAAAUACGACAGCUGGAGGGCCAUCUGAGCCUUGGACGAAAGCUUCUUCGCCUGGGUAACUCAGCAGAUGCCCUCGAGUCCGCCAAACGGGCUGUGCAUCUGUCAGAUGUCGUCCUUCGAUUCUGCAUCACUGUCAGCCAUCUCAAUCGAGCCUUGUACUUUGCCUGUGACAAUGUCUUGUGGGCUGGAAAGGCUGGGUUGGCACCCCUUGUGGACCAGGAGAAGUGGGCCCAGCGUUCAUUCAGGUAUUACUUAUUUUCUCUCAUCAUGAAUUUGAGCCGUGAUGCCUACGAGAUACGACUGCUGAUGGAACAGGAGUCUUCAGCUUGUGGCCGCCGGCCAAAGGGGUCAGCAGGAGGGACCCUGGGAGGCGGUGAAGCUGGGGGUACAGCGUGGGUCAGUGCCCCAGGAGGGAGUCUGCCCCAUCUGGCCCUGCAGCUUCGGCUUCGAGUUCUUCUCCUCACCCGGGUCCUCCAAGGCCAUCCCCCCCUCCUGCUGGAUGUGGUCAAAAAUACUUGUGAUCUCUUCAUCCCACUGGACAAGCUGGGCCUAUGGCGUUGUGGCCCUGGAGUUGUGGGGUUCUGUGGUCUGGUGUCAUCCAUCCUGUCUAUCCUUACCCUACUCUGUCCCUGGCUCCGACUCAAGCCCUGAAACCAAAAUUCUAGGGUGGAAGAGAGUCUGAGCUGGGAAUGGGGAGAGGUGGCAGGUUCUGUUGUUCCAUCAUCCCCCUGACUUCCUUUUAGUUAAAACUCAAGCUUGAAGAAUUACAGAUGAAGAGUGACUAGGGGGUAAAGGGCAGCCCUUGGAUUCAAUGGGAGAAUUCUCUUCCUCUCUUACUGCAAUGGUUCUUUGUCUCUUGAGUCUCCUCUUGCUAUUUUUAAAUUAAAAUUUAUUUUUUUUCAGUCAACAAAAAUCCUCCUUCUCUCCCUCCCACUGAGAAAGAAAAACACACCCCCAGUCCGAACAUGUAUGGUUAUUUUACUUUUUUCCUAGUCUCUCUCACAUUUGUUUCUGAGACUCUUUAAAUUCCUCCUCAUUCUCCAUCAUAGUUAUUUAGUUAUUAGCCACAUUUCCCUUGAUGGAAGAAGAGAGACCCCAGAUUUUGAUCCAUCAUGCCUUAGCUGUUUCCCGUUCAGUGCAGAGGAUGAUUGGGCAGAUGGAGAGUCUUGGGGCUUAUGUGGGAGAAUGGCUCAGCAAUGUCUCCUCCCAGCUCCUUUUCCCUGGGUGCCAUGUUUUCCUUUCCAGAGCCAUUUGGGUUUUCUCCUCUCAUCUCAUCUCCCACCUUCCCCUUGAUUGGCCCUUCCUGUCUUCACUCCUGUAUUUCUGGUAAUGGCUUCUGUUUCUCAGCCCUUUGUACCUUCUCCCCAGGUCCACUCCCUCCCCGUGAUGCUGUCUGUGUUCAGCAUCCUGUUGUAAAUACUGUACAAUGAAACUGUAAAUAGCUUUGGCCAAAGCCCCCGCUGGCUUGCCGACUCAGAAGGGCAGCGAAUUAAAGAAGAGUCUUGCUCAUUGGC